AGAAUAUGCUCAACUCUCAGGUAGCCAAAUACAUUACUUAACUGGGUGCAGAACAUAAACACUGAAUUUCGUAAGGAAACCAGCAAGUGUGUUAAGGCAUUGGAAUGUUAACAGUGACUCCAAAACCAGUCAUUUGGGUGAUAAGAAGCUGCACAGAAAUGGAAUAUCCAACCCUUACAACCUUCUUUGAAGGAGAAAUAAUCAGCAAAAAACACCCUUUCUUAACUCGCAAGUGGGAUGCAGAUGAAGAUGUUGAUCGGAAACACUGGGGCAAGUUUCCGGCUUUUUAUCUGUAUGCAAAAUCAUUUAACUCAGAUGACUUUGAUUAUGAAGAGCUGAAGAAUGGAGACUAUGUCUUCAUGAGGUGGAAGGAACACUUUCUGGUCCCAGAUCACACGAUCAAAGACAUCAGUGGUGCUUCUUUUGCCGGGUUCUACUACAUCUGCUUUCAGAAGUCAGCAGCCUCCAUAGAGGGCUACUACUACCAUAGGAGUUCAGAAUGGUAUCAGUCCCUCAAUCUAACCCAUGUUCCUGAACACAGUGCACCCAUCUAUGAAUUCCGGUGCCAACGGUUCAGAACAGCAACCAAAUAAAACUGAACUUGGCAAAAAAGAACUUUGCCGAGAAAAUUGUGUACCUGCCAGAACCAGGAGAAGUAUGUUCCUGUUUCUUCACGAGCAGACUCGCAUUACAAAGCAUGAAUGUUAACCCACAGAAUCCAAGGAGCAUGGCUGGCCCGUGGGGCAGGUGGAGGGAGCAAUCUUCGUUCUUCCUCCCCUCAGUGGCAGUUUGGUCUUCAACUGUUUUUAAGCUACCUUAAACGCACUUUUCCUUCCUGCACAGCUAACUUCUACAUCACUGAAAUGCCCAUUCCUUCCUCCGUCCCACCUCCAGCCGAGUAGAAGGUCUGCUCCUGGAUCACCCUCAGCCUUGGUGCUUAGUGGUCCCCAGGCCCUAGACCCCCACCCCCCGCCAGUUGCUUUGUCUGGUAGCUCAAGAGAAGGCAGAGCCCCAGCACCUCUGUGCCCCCCAGAGCUCUGUGCAGGGAGUUGGCCAGCUGCCGCAGCAUCGGCCACCAGCGACACAAGAGGUGGAGGCCCCGGUCCCUGCUGGGCUGCCUCAGUCUUCAGUGCCGAUUGUGUCACGGGUCAGCGUGUGCUGCUGAACCCUAUACUGUUAACAGUGCAAAGCUAGUGAGUGGCUGUCAGGUUCCCUGGGCCUGCCAUCAGGGAUCACUAAAUUUAAGGCUUCCAGAUCCCUGGCAGGAACAGAUUCCAGUCCUGCUUACUCAGUACAUUUGCUCCAAACUUUUGAACUUGAGGGCAAUACUAAACUUAAAAAUAAGAGUUUUUUUUAUUACAAAAUUAUUUUUAUGGUCCCUUUAACGAGGACCCUAUGGCAAAUGCACAAUUAUUCAGAAUUACAUUUUAUCGUUUUCACAUUGAAAACAGCAAAUGUUGACUUAGUAAUUUUUAUAUCGAUAUCUAUAUGUAUAUGUAUAUUUAAUCAACCAGCAGUUUUGAAACUAGUCAUCCUGGUACAAAAGUUUUGCAGCAUUGCCUAAAUUAUAGUGCUCAACACAAGAACUGUUUUUGGGGCCAGUUUAGCAUUUGUGCCUCCUCCUUUUGCUACUCAAAACAGCAGUGCUUGGCGGCAGCCUUCCACGAGGCAGAAGGGGUCGUCGUUCUCUGAAAACAGUGACUCUGAAAUGUUGGGACAGGGGAAGGGGUGGGAAACAUGAACAUGCUCAAAUAACUCGAGGCUCACGUGCCAAAGUGUGUGUGUGUGUGUGUGUGUGUGUGUAUGGUGUUUUGUUUUUUCAAAUGUUUAAAAAGCUUAAUAGGUUGGCAUCAGUUGUAGCCCACAAACAUGGGUAGGGCUUUGGGGAAUUGACAUUUUUCUGGU